AUGAAUCAGGCUACUAAUAAAAGACCAAUAGAGUGUGCAGUUUGUAAGGCCGCCUAUGGGACUGCCCAGAAGAUUCGUUGCCACCGCAUGUCUAAUUGGCACACUUCGGCACCUGAGGUUGAUCAAACUUGCCGACAAGGUUAUGCUUCAUUUCCUGUGAUGCGCCAAUUAAUCAGAUCUUCGCGUAAGUGGCCUCCUCCUCGGGUGGCUCUCUUUCGUAGGCUGCAACUGGAAUCCGUAAAAAAUCCACCUACUGCUUUGGAUUAG